UUUUAGUGUUUAUAUCUUAUUGGAUAACGCAACUUACAUCUUGUUUACACGCGGUCUUUUAACACCCACAAGUUGUCUCUGUUUUGUUAGCCACAUCGCCAUGAAUGGGCUUAUUCUACCCGGCACUGUGAUAGCUGUAGACGUCUUCACCAUAAAAGCACGGAGAGAAAACUUCGUCCAUUUUUUGACUCAUCUUCACGGCGACCACACCGUCGGGCUGACCUCCACGUGGAGUAAAACCAUCUACUGUUCUGAAAUCACCGCUCUACUCCUGGUCAACAAAUUCCAUCUUCCAUCUCACCUGAUAUCAGUUCUCUACCUGAACCAGGAGACCACGGUCCAGCUUGGUCGCCAUGGCAACAUGACUGUCACAGCACUAGACGCUAACCACUGUCCAGGAGCUGUCAUGUUUUACUUUCAGGGCAGCUUCGGCCGUAUCUUGUACACAGGAGACUUCAGAGUCUCCGAACAUCUUCUCCAAGACUGUGGCUAUUUGUCUGGAAAGAUAGACCGGCUCUAUAUUGACAAUACGUUUUGCAAUCCAAAGUGUAAUUUCCCAAGCCGGGAAGAGAGCAUGGAUGAAAUGGUUCGGAUAAUCAAAGAACACCCCAGUCAUCAUGUUUACAUUGGUGUAUAUAACUUGGGGAAAGAAGACAUGUUGGCCAAACUUUCUGAUAUUUUCUCAGAGCGGAUACACGUUUUACCCGAGAGGUAUAAAAUCUGUGAGAUACUUUUCCCCAGAGAUUAUCUGUCGCAAACUUUCACAACAAGCAACAUGUCCCUGUGGUCUCGAAUAUUUGCAGUACCCAGAUAUCAAAUCAAUACUAAAAUGAUAAGAGAACGAAAUACCUAUUCGCCAACAAUUGCAAUAAUUCCGACUGCCAUUUUUACAGGUUGUUCCAAGCCCUAUGCACACAAAAACCUAAUCUACGUAGUCCCAUACUCUGACCACUCCUCCUACCCAGAACUGAUGAAGUUUGUUGCCAUGCUAAGGCCUGUCGUGGUAUAUCCCAUUGUUAACACAAGUGGAGGUCCAAGCGGUGAAGAUUUUUCUGAUAGGAUUGAUAUGCAAUGUUUUACCAAAUUUCUCUCCCCCAAGCCUGUAAACAGUGUAGCCAUCACAGGUUGGGACCCUAGCAUGGCGUGUGGUGUAACAUACCAAGCACCUAACAAUGUUGUCACCGCUAGAAUGUCAGUAAACUACAUUGUAAGGAGAAACGCAAGGCUUCGUUGUAAGUUAAGGUAUCAAGAACUCGAAAGAAAAAGGAGAAAGAAAGGAAUAUAUUAUACUGACGAAAUGUCAGAUGAUGAAAGCAGUGACAGUGGCCAAAGUAUGCAGCAGAUGGCCCCUAGUGACCACCCUAGUUGUGGCCAAAGUAUGCAACAGAUGGACCCUAGUGACCACCCUAGUUGUGGCCAAAGUAUGCAGCAGAUGGCCCCUAGUGACCACCCUAGUUGUGGCCAAAGUAUGCAACAGAUGGCCCCUAGUGACCACACUAGUUGUGGCCAAAGUAUGCAGCAGAUGGCCCCUAGUGACCACACUAGUUAUGGCCAAAGUAUGCAGCAGAUGGCCCCUAGUGACCACACUAGUUAUGGCCAAAGUAUGCAGCAGAUGGCCCCUAGUGACCACACUAGUUAUGGCCAAAGUAUUCAGCAGAUGGCCCCUAGUGACCACCCUAGUUGUGGCCAAAGUAUGCAACAGAUGGCACCUAGUGACCACCCUAGUUGUGGCCAAAGUAUGCAACAGAUGGACCCUAGUGACCACCCUAGUUGUGGCCAAAGUAUGCAACAGAUGGCCCCUAGUGACCACCCUAGUUAUGGCCAAAGUAUGCAGCAGAUGGCCCCUACUGACCACCCUAGUUGUGGCCAAAGUAUGCAGCAGAUGGACCCUAGUGACCACCCUAGUUGUGGUCAAAGUAUGCAGCAGAUGGCCCCUAGUGAGCACACUGGCCAAAUUAUGCAGCAGUUGGACCCUAGUGACCACACUAGUUGUAGCCAAAGUAUUCAGCAGAUAGCCCCUAGUGACCACACUGGCCAAAUUAUGGAGCAGAUGGCCCUUAUAAUCCAUACCAAUGUUGGCCAAAAUAUUCAACAGAUGGCCUGUACAGAUUACAUUGUGAUUGACUAA